GCAUAUUCUCUGUUUCUUAUUGGCUAUCUCCACGAAUAUCACUUUUCCUAACAUACACCGCAGGGAAAAAUGACCAUAUUAUUUUCCGGGAAAAUUUAGAAAGAGAAAAAGAAAAAAGGAUACGGAAAAACCAUGGCGGUUCGUGCGACGGUGACACGGUUCCCGAUCGAUUCCGAUGCGCAAGAAGCUUGUGGCAUUCCUUGGGGAUUAACGGUAACACCUUUCGCUGCUAAAGACGAGAACGGUCAAGCGCCGGUCUAUGGAUCGGACGGACAUCUUUUACCCCGAUGCGAGAAUUGCUACGCUUAUUUCAACACCUAUUGCGAGCUCGAUCAAUGGGCAUGGAAUUGCUCUCUUUGCGGUACGCUCAACGGCCUCUCUUCUGAAGCCAUCGCUAGAUACUCUCGACCCCAGUCUUGUGCUGAAAUGAUGUCGUCUUUUGUCGAUCUCGAGUUUCCUUUGGAAGGAUCGGAGGAGGAAAUUCUGCAUGCUCGUCCGGUGUAUGUUGCGGCCGUUGAUUUGUCAUCUUCUGAAGAAUUUUUGGAGCUUACUAAAAGUGCACUGCAGGCGGCAUUGGAAGCUCUUGCACCUGAGUCCCUUUUUGGCCUUGCCACUUUCAGCCACAAAUUAGGGUUAUAUGAUGUUCAAGGGCCUAUACCUGUUGUAAAGAAUGUUUUUAUCCCUCAAGAUGCGGAGGGUACCUUGCCAAUUGAGCUUGAAGAUGUCAUGCCUUUGUUACAGUUCCUGGCUCCAGUUGAUACUUGUAAGGAUCGUAUCACAUCUGCACUUGAAAUUCUCAGACCAACUACUUCAUGGGAGAGAACGCCCCCAGGAACAGGUCAAGAGUUAGAUGGCAUAUUGAUGGGUGGUCGAGGUUUUGGUAUGGCAAUGGAAGCUCUUUGCAAUUACCUUGGGUCAGAAUAUGGAAAUACAUUUGCAUUAGCUAGAGUCUUUGCCUUUCUCUCGGGUCCUCCCGAUCAUGGACCUGGGCAACUUGAUACAAGAAGGUAUGGUGAGCAAUAUGCCAGUAAAGGAGAGGAUGCAGACCGUGCUUUACUUCCAGAGCAGACACCAUUCUACAAAGAUCUGGCUGCUGUGGCUGUUCAAGCUGGUGUUUGUGUGGACAUUUUUGCCGUUACAAAUGAGUAUACAGAUUUGGCUUCUCUUAAAUUUCUUAGCAUAGAAAGUGGUGGCUCACUGUUUUUGUAUUCAAAUACAGAUGAUUCAACACUUCCGCAGGACAUGUAUCGAAUGCUAAGUCGACCAUAUGCUUUUAAUUGUGUACUAAGAUUGAGGACAUCUACUGAAUUCAAGCCUGGCCAUUCCUAUGGUCACUUCUUCCCAGAUCCGCAAUAUGAAAAUGUGCAACACAUUAUUUGCUGUGAUUCGUAUGCAACAUAUGCUUAUGAUUUUGAGUUUGCUAAUAAUGUUGGUUUUUCAAGGCAUUCAUCUGAACAACCCAUGGUGCAGAUUGCAUUUCAAUACACUGUUGUCGUGCCCCCCGAGGAACUCCCUGGUUCUGAAUUGCUUUCUUCUAGUAGAGGCAAACAUUCUAUUAAACGAAGACUUAGGAUACGAACUUUGCAGUAUGGAACAGCCCGAAAUCUUAAUGAACUUUAUGAUAGUGUUGAUCCUGAAGUGGUUCUAUCAUUGCUUGUUCACAAGGUCAUAUUAGCCUCUUUGGAGGAAGGAGUUAGAGAGGGCAGGAUGUUGCUUCAUGAUUGGCUAGUAAUCCUCACUUCUCAAUAUAACGAGGCUUUUAACCUUAUCCAAUACAAGAACGGAAGUAGUUCUAUCAUGGGUCAGCUCGAUGUUACAUUCUCGCAAUGCCCCCAACUGCAACCUUUGCCUCGAUUGGUUUUUGCUUUGCUUCGAAACCCUCUUCUGCGUUUCCACGAAGAGGGUGUUCACCCUGACUACCGGAUCUAUGUGCAAUGUCUUUUCAGUGCGUUGGAACCAAGUUCUCUUCACCGUGCAAUCUAUCCAGUCCUAACAUCAUAUUCAACACCAGAUAAACAAGCCUAUCCACGGCACUCAUUGAGUCGUGCUGCACUGAUCACCAGUGGUAGUCCGAUAUUUUUCCUCGAUGCAUAUACGACAUUAAUCGUCUUUUACUCAUCUACUGCAGAUCCUAGCCUUCCUUUUCCUCCACCCCACGACUGUUUGUUACGGUCCACGAUUAACAAAUUGAAGCAAGAACGUUGUAUUACCCCCAAACUCAUAUUCAUCCGAGGAGGGCAAGACGAUGCCUCGGUGUUCGAGAACUACCUUAUCGAGGAACAAGAUGUCAACGGAACCGGCCUAACAAGUGUCAUGGGUUUUGUAUCCUUCCUUGAAGAUAUCACCCAAAGUGUAUUGGAAUACAUGAAAUAGAAAUAAAAGAUUACAUUUUCCCAAUAUUUUGGAUAUCUCCCUACACCCUUUCCUGAAACGAGUGAUUCGUGUUAUCGGGGCUCUACCAGUACGGGUAUGAUCUUCGAAACAUAUGGGAAAACUUCGGAAAAUUUGAGUAUACCAGUCUUGGAUACUUAUCUGUCUCCGACACUCACCCAAACUUCAGGUAAAACAUAGAUUGUUGUUAUCAUUUUACCUAUUUUACCUUAUUAGCAAAUUCCUUUGCCUCUCAUAAACCAAAUGGUUGCUAUUAGGAAAUGUACUUUUCUUUUUUAAUUUGUAAAACAUAAAUGUAGGCUUUGAUUUUGGGAACACUUAUUUUGCCAUUUUGAGUGAGAAUAAAAACGAGGAAUGUAGAGAUUUCAAGAA